AGAAAACCCGGGGUCGAAGAUGCAAUGAUUGGUUAUUUCAAGCAGGGAAGUUUGCCGGCGUGGUAGGAGAUCUCACACACAUCGGUGUCUCCCUGUACGCUCCUGUUAACCUUCCCGCUUCUGCGCAGCUCGACCCGGCCAAAGCUGUCCAGCCUGCCUGCCCCCCGCCCCCUCCCCCGUGUGUGUGUGUGCGCGCGCGCGCGCGUGUGUGUUAGCCCUCUGGGAGCAGCAUGUCUGAUUACAGCUCUCUGCCAUCAAAUGGAGUCGGAGCAGGAAUGAAAAACGACGCUUUCGCAGAUGCCGUUCAGCGAGCCAGACAGAUUGCAGCUAAAAUUGGUGGUGACGGUGUGCCCAUGACAACAAACAACGGAGGAGCUGAGAGCUAUCCGUUCACAUCACAGAAACGAUCCCUGGAAGAAGGAGAUGAACCCGAUGCCAAGAAGGUAGCAUCACAGAGUGAAAGAGAUUCUGCAAUGUCUAUUGGAGCUCAGCUAGCUGCUCUGUCCCAGCAAAGUGUAAGGCCCUCCACAAUGACAGAAGAGUGCAGGGUGCCUGAUAGCAUGGUUGGGCUCAUCAUUGGGCGAGGAGGCGAACAGAUUAACAAAAUUCAGCAAGAAUCUGGCUGCAAAGUCCAAAUUGCUCACGACAGUGUGGGUCUGCCAGAAAGAAGUAUUUCCCUCACAGGAUCACCCGAUGCCAUACAGAGAGCCAGGGCGCUUCUAGAUGAUAUUGUGUCCAGAGGUCACGAGUCAACCAACGGUCAGUCAAGUUCCAUGCAAGAGAUGAUAAUCCCUGCUGGAAAGGCUGGCCUUAUUAUCGGCAAAGGAGGAGAGACUAUCAAACAACUGCAGGAGCGAGCUGGAGUCAAAAUGAUUCUUAUCCAAGAUGCGUCGCAGCCACCCAACAUAGAUAAACCUCUUCGUAUCAUUGGAGACCCAUACAAAGUCCAGCAAGCUAAGGAGAUGGUUAAUGAGAUCCUACAGGAGAGGGAUCAUCAGGGUUUUGGAGAGAGGAACGAAUAUGGAUCAAGGAUGGGAGGAGGGGGCAUAGAAAUAGCUGUCCCGCGGCACUCUGUGGGAGUUGUGAUUGGUCGCAGUGGAGAGAUGAUCAAGAAGAUCCAGAGUGAUGCUGGCGUGAAAAUACAGUUUAAACCAGAUGAUGGUACAGGUCCUGAUAAGAUUGCUCAUAUUAUGGGUCCACCAGACCAGUGUCAGCACGCUGCCUCGAUCAUCACUGACCUGCUACAGAGCAUCCGUGCCAGAGAGGAGGGUGGGCAAGGGGGUCCACCGGGUCCCGGUGCUGGUAUGCCACCUGGUGGCCGAGGGCAGGGUAGAGGCCAAGGGAACUGGGGUCCACCAGGAGGUGAGAUGACUUUCUCCAUCCCUGCUCACAAAUGUGGGCUUGUUAUUGGCAGAGGAGGAGAGAAUGUCAAGUCCAUCAACCAGCAAACUGGUGCAUUUGUGGAGAUAUCUCGUCAGCCACCUCCAAACGGUGACCCGAAUUUCAAACUGUUCACCAUCAGAGGGUCUCCACAACAGAUAGAUCAUGCAAAGCAGCUUAUAGAAGAGAAGAUUGAGGCUCCAUUGUGUCCUGUGGGUGGUGGUCCUGGUCCAGGAGGGCCACCUGGUCCAAUGGGUCCCUAUAAUCCGAACCCUUAUAAUGCAGGGCCUCCUGGUGGAGCUCCUCAUGGAGCUGCACCAGGUGGUCCCCAGUAUUCUCAGGGUUGGGGAAAUGCCUAUCAGCAGUGGCAAGCCCCAAAUCCAUAUGACCCCAAUAAGGCCGCAGCAGACCCAAAUGCAGCAUGGGCAGCCUACUAUGCACAAUACUACGGGCAGCAGCCCGGGGGCACAAUGCCAGCUCAGAAUCCAGGAGCUCCUGCAGCAGGAGCAUCACCAGGAGACCAGAGCCAGGCAGCCCAGACUGCUGGGGGUCAGCCAGACUACACUAAGGCUUGGGAAGAGUAUUAUAAGAAGAUGGGCAUGACUCAGCCAGCAGGAGGGGCAGCAGCUGCUCCAGGCACAGCAGCAGCCCCCACAGCAGCUGCAGCAGGAGGAGCUGCACCUGGUGGCCAGCAGGACUACAGUGCAGCCUGGGCUGAGUACUACAGACAGCAGGCUGCCUACUAUGAACAGACAGGCCAGGCUCCUGGACAGGCAGCUGCUCCACAGCAGGGACAACAGGCCCAGUAAACGUGUGACUUGUUCUGUUGGGCGGAUGUGUUGAAUCUCCGGGCUUGUUUUUGUUUUUUGUUGUUGUUGUUUUUUUUGUUUUUUUUGUCUUUUUUAUUCCUCCCAGUUGGGUUUUUUUUUUUUUUGUUGUUGUUGUUUUUUUUUUUUGGCUUUAAUAGGACAAUAAGCCUGUGGUUAACUCAUCCUCUCAGACAUUUUGUAUUCAAACCUUCCUGUUUGUUUGUUUAUUUUUUAUUUUUUUUAAAUGAAAUUCAAAAGGGAAUGCAUUUUGCAGAUGUAUUGAAAAAAAAAGCACUAACUUACCCCUUCA